GCUCUUCACCACUCUGCCAAUAUCACCAAAUGCAGCAAUCACAAAACACACAACAUUGGCAUCAACAGACACUUUUCGUCAUCAUUGAAAUGGAAUAAAGACUUGAAGAACAUGUCUAAAGAGGAGGUUUGGGGUUUGAAGGUCAAGAAGCAAAGGCUCAUGAGGGAUUUGCAUGAGACUUGUGAGUGGGGGGUUGGAGAGAGGUGGGGGAGUGCUCUACAACGAAGAGCAGCUCAGCAUUUCCAGAGAUUCAUCCUCAAUAACCUUCGAGCCGGCUCUCACAGCAAUCACCUUGUUCUUGUUCUCUAUCAAAUCUCUUGCUUAUCGAAACUGUACCUGUUCCAGGCUAACAGCUUUCCACAAAACAGUGCUCCCACCGAAACAGGCAUGUCACGCCUCUCCCUCUCAGACACAGACAAACAAGCCCGAGACUGGUUCGCAGAAACCACAAAAAGUCUGGGUUGCAAAGUAAUCGUCGACUCCAUGGGAAACCAAUUCGCUAUUCGCGAGGGCCUGCAACAAGGACCUCCUACCGUCGCCGGCAGCCACUUAGACACCCAACCCACUGGAGGCAGAUACGAUGGCAUCCUCGGCGUCACCGCUGGCAUCGAAAUGCUACGAACCCUGCAUGAGAAUAACGUUACCACUACCUUCCCAGUGGGAGUGGUAAACUGGACAAAUGAAGAAGGAGCUCGAUUUCCGAUUUCCAUGGUAUCUUCGGGAGUCUGGGCGGGUGUGAUCUCUUUAUCUCACGCCCAUGCUCUCAAAGAAGUAGGCACCGGUUCUGCAACCAUGAAAACAGAACUGCAACGUAUCGGCUACCUAGGCGAUACAGACUGCAGUUUCGAAGCCGUGCCUCUGGCCGCACACUUCGAACUCCACAUCGAACAAGGCCCCAUCCUCGAAGCCGAAGACCGCAAAAUCGGCAUCGUGCAAGGUGUGCAAGCGUACAAAUGGUUUACCGUCUCUGUGCGAGGAGCAGAUUGCCACACCGGCACCACUUCAUUCUCACACCGUGCUGAUGCGCUUCUGGCCGCUUCCAAAAUGAUUGUGUAUUCGCAUCGUGCGGCGGCCAGACAAGGUGCUCUGGCUUCUACGGGUAUCUUGACGCUCAAACCCGGAAGCACGAAUACAGUACCCGGCUCUGUGGACUUUUCGCUCGACAUCAGGUCUCCAGAUGACCACAUUGUGUCUCAAGUAGAAGCAGACUGCAAAGAAGCUUUUGCGGCCAUUGCGUCCGGACAAGACAUCGACAACCUCAACAAAGACUUUGUCGCAUCUUCCAAAUCUUGCUCUGUGAGUUGGACAUUGGAUACCCAUUCUCCCGCUACCAAAUUUUCUCCCGAGUGUAUUGGUUGCGUGCAAGAUGCUGCUACAUCCAUCUUUGGAGAUGACGUGCACGCAAAGACCAAACCAAUGACUUCGGGGGCUGGACACGAUAGUGUGUAUACCAGCAAACGCUGCCCCACGACCAUGAUCUUCGUGCCCAGCAAAGACGGCGUCUCCCACAAUCCUGUCGAGUUUACGAAGCCUGAGGAUUGUGCUAUGGGGGCGCAGGUGUUGCUGCAGGCGGUUCUGAGAUAUGAUCAAAAGAGAGCUGAGGGAAAGGUUUGA